GCGGUCUACCUAUACCUAUUCCGGCAUAAACGCAACCUGCAAGCCCCAGCCGCUUUUUAACAGGAUCAGUCUAAUGACACGCCCCUUCAUUCGUUAAUUUUACUAGACAUACGCCACCAGAUCCUUUUCUCCUUGUAUUGAAGACUGGUCUCGAAAUCGAUACCACCACCCCACGGUUUUUGCCCAUAUUCUGUAAGGGACCCGUCACUUAAUGUAUGGCAUUGCUUGUAAUGUCGUAACUCUGCCGAGGUAUUAACCGUCACUUGAUAUUGUGCGACUGAAUCACGUGUUUACUCUCCCACAUACAUAACAUUUCCCUCUCAAUCACGUGGACACCUUUCUUAAUCACACACGUGACCUUAUCCAUCACGUGCAUUCCUCUCUUUCUCAUCACGUGCUAGUCCCCAAACACCAUCACGUGAUACCCCUAAAGACAUUCUGUCAUGGCUCAAGGUAGUAAUGGCUGGCAAGGCCAUUCCUAUCCAAAUGGCAUUGGUGGAAUGCCGGUCCCUCAGGACGAGGAUCAUUUGAAUAACUUCAGUGGUUAUCAACAAUACCCUGGCCACCAGUAUGGCCAACCAGACCUCGGCCAAUACUCCAAUGGAGCCUCUUUUCCCGGGUAUCCCUCUCUACAAUCGGGAGGCCAGUUCGGAAGUGGCGCAUUUGCUGGAGGAAACAUGCCAGAGCAGACAUCCUACUACUCUAAUACCCAUCAGUUCAACAAUGACCCUAACGGAAGCGGCCUCCACGGUCAUGGUGGACAUGACUUGCAGCAGUAUGGGGGAGCUUUCAACAACCACGCCGGAUAUGAGACACCUCUUCAAAACCAGCUCCCUCAAUAUGCCACCGAGCAGGCCAGUCAGAGCCAUAGCCACACGCCGAAUACAUUCGAUGCUCAACAAUGGCAAGCCCAACCAGUUCAGCAACUACCCCCUCAAUUCAAUCAAAGAACAAUAGGCUAUGGCCACCAUAGUCCGCAAUUGAUGUACCAACAGCAACACCCACAACAGCACCCGCAACAACACCCGCAACAACAUCUGCAGCAGCCUCAGCAGCCCCAUCAACUACAACCUCAGCAGACUCAACAGCAACAGCAACAGCAACAGCAGCCGCAACAGCAGCCGCAGCACCCGCAGCACCCGCAGCAUCAGAUCCCGUAUACGAGGGCAUUCUUUGGUGCUGAAGGUGUUGAUCCCCAGAACAGACAAGGUCACUUCACUGCCCAACCCGCGCAGCCCAUGCUCCAUUACCAAGGCCGGCAACCUACGAAUGGAGCAGGAAUACAGUUACAACCUAUUGCGGUGGCGGCAGCUCAGAAUUUUGUUGAUACUCAAAGACCGGUGCAGCCGCAGAGUUAUCAGCAGGUGCGGGGUGUCGUGUCGGCGCCUACCCCUCCAGCUGGUCAAAGUUCACAGGCAACCGAAAUUGUGGGGCAUCAGGCACCUCACGGGGUACCUGACGAGGAACUAAAAGUAGAAGAGGACGAGCAUUGGGAGAUUCCGGAGGGUUUUCCGUACCUUAUGGUAAAAAAUCCGCCCAAGACGAAAGCUGGCAAAUUCCGUACUGUCUGCACCGAACCAGCUAAAUCUUAUGCUGCAAAACACGAUACGCGUACCUCACGCUUGCUACCUCAACGCAACGUACGGCUUCCGUGCGAAAUUCAGAAAGACCUCCAAGACUUGAAUUCUAAACUUCAGUCUAAAUCGCUAUCUGCGAACGAAAGAAGUACUAUCGAGAACCGAAUCCAAGAGUUGUACAACGAACCUGUUCUUGUAGCCGACAACGAAGGUUCAAAACCCGUUCUCCGCGGCAAAGUCAAGGCACCCGCAAAACGGAAAACAGCUCCAAUGGAUUCAAUUAAAAAAACAGAACACCCGGAUACGGGCAAUGAUGAUCAAGAUGAUCCUAAGGAUAUUCAAGCACGCGAGAUUAUGUCGAAGCCGCGCCCCGAAGAUCCUCUCAAGGCUGUAGAAUAUGAUAUCAUUAAGAUCCUUUGGCACGACCCUAAGCAUUCUGAACUUUCACCUGAUGAGCUCAGGAACAGCAUUGACAAGUUUGGCGACUAUGUUACGGGCGUCCGGACCAAGAUCAAGCUUCUGAAGGAAGGGAAGGAGCUAGAUGGUAAAGACAAGCGAGCUGCUUUAGAAACGAAGCAUCUUGAAAUCCGUGCUGCUAUUGAGGCUGCCCUCAAGUUUGGCGAUAAAUUUCUUAUUACACAGCUCGGCACACACAAGAAGCUCGUCGCUGGUAUGCAUUCCGUCUUGUUUACUCGCUUUUCAGCUGGCGACUACAACGGCCCGUACCCAAAGGCCAUCCUGAAGCUUCUAUCUUUGUUUGCCACGGUAGACACAGACUUAUUAGAAAAGGUUAAGAUGGGUCGAACUCAGCAGAAGGUUAAGGGCAAUCUCGACGAUGAAGCUGCUGGUUACAUUAGUCUGAUCAUCGAGAACGCUGAAAAACGCUCGGUCUUUAAUGCUCAAGAAGCUGUCGAGGAUUCCAAGAAAGCCGACGAUGUCAAGAAGUCUACCUCUACCGUCCCCAAGAAAAUACCUACGACAAGCAGCAGAGACAGUCCAUCAAUAUCUAAGGCAUCGCCAUCAAAGGCUCAGUCUCAGCUGAAACAGGUAGCUACCGGGGUCAAGAAGAUGCGCCCAACGGAUUAUUCGGGCCUCGGGUCGGCUAGGAAAAUUACGGCCAAGGCGACGCCUUCUCAGGCUUCUUCUAAGAGACCCGGUGAUGCGGAUGUAGACACCCGUGCUCCUAAAAAGACGGCAGUGGAGAGUGAGACAGGCGCUCCGUCGACCAUUAAAGCCACAUCCACUGCGACUCCUAUCAGUUCUCAGACAUCGUCGGUAGCGACUACGCAAGCUCGCUCCAGACCUAGCGGAUCGAUGCUUCCUGGUCGAUCUCGAGUUCUUCCCAAGGUACAGCCAAAAAAGCCAGCGCCUCAAUCAUCGAGCAGUUCGUCUACUAUUGGAAAUAUCCUGGCCGAGAUUUCGAAGCCAAAGGAGGUGCCUAAGCCACGCGACGAACCUGAAAGACCACCCGAGACCCCAGAAGAGACUGCUCGCAGGCUACGCAAGGAAUCGCGACGACAUCUUCGCGUUUCGUGGAAGCCGGAUGAUGAGCUCACUGACAUCCGAAUUUUGGAACACGAUACUUCCGAAGAUAAAGGCCGGGAUCUUAAUAUGCUCCGGGAUGCGCGAGAUAAUCGCUCUGAAGGUCGGAUGUUCAAGCAACAGCUCCAGGAUCAGGAUAUUCAAGAUCGCGAUGACGAUCUUGAGGAGAAUCGGGAGGUUUCUUUACGACCUUGGUCUAAGCCUACCGUAGUUGCACUCGAUCUGGGAGAGAGAGGAAUCCCCGCAGAUAAGCAGGAAAAGAAUUUCGUGACGCGUGGUGGAAAGCGCCCGGUUAAGUCUGAGCAGAAGAAGAUUAUGGAGGAGUAUGAAAGCCGCGAAUUGAUGGCCAUCUACACUAGUGUGUCGGAAAUCCCGGAUACUCCCCGAUCACCAAGCGGCAAGUUCGUCGAGGUUGCUAGUCAACCAAAGAUUGUUGCUGUGCCAUCAACUCCUGCUAAAUGGCUCGAAACAUUACCUGCCACAACUCCCCGACGCAUCGAGAUACAUCAACGUACUUCUGACCAAAUUAAAUUUGGUCCCCAUCUCGCACUUGACCGAGCAGUCCGUCGACUGCGUGCUACGCCCAUCACGGCACCGGAUUUGUUCGACAACACAAUCGUAAAAAUGGCGCGUCCACGCAGCGAAAAGGAAAAUGCGGAGGUAGUUUUGUCGUUGUUACAGUCUGAGAAGGUCAAAAACUACGUUGAUCCAGAUCCGUAUGACCCUGCACAUCCUAAAACACAACGUCGCCACGAUUACGCGGAUCCCAAGGUUCAACGUGACGCAGAUGCCCUCGAAGACGUGUUUGCGAAGUUCAAGGGUAAGCCGUACCCGGCUACUCAACCUCCCGAGCACCUUCAUUCGGAUCCUGACCGUGUCACGGAGUGGUGGGACGGUUACAAUCGCUUGCUGAUGUCUAGUGCCCUUCAGCCGGCACAAUCGCAGCCACAGCCGCAAACACAGUAUAAUUCAGUGGCUCAAUAUCCACAGCAGCAAUUGCAGCAACACCAGCCACAACUCCCGCAAGAGUACGCUACAAUCCUACAACAGAUACAAGCUCUUCAGGCCAAUCAAGCUGCUACGCAGCCCAUUGCUCAACAUGUGGUCCAGCCCUAUACGCAGCCCGUUACUCAACCAGCCCAAAGCGCUGCGGAGCCGGCACCGAACCCGGAGACUGUUGCCGUGCGCAACAUGUUGGCUGCAUUCGGAGUACCUGUAGGGACUCCUAUUCCGGCUCCAACGACACCCGCUCCGGCACCAGCCCCUACCCCUACGCCCGCAGCUGUACCUACUGCCACCCCUAGCAUUCAAGACAUUCUGGCUAUGUUGCAACCGUCUAACAAUGCGACUGUCAAUCAGGCACAGCCCACAGCCAAUGCCUACUUCCAAGGUUGGCCCCAGAGCCAGCCCCAGUCUCAGGGGCAAGCCAGCCAAGCAUUUGGCAGCUAUGGAUACAAUGCCCAGUCGUAUGGUGGCCAGUCACAGUAUUCUCAGCAGCAGACUACGCAGACUGAGAGCCGACGUGACGACACUGAGCGUGGCAACCGUAAGGAGUUCCACCGUGGAGGAACCACGAAAGAUCAUAAGGGGAUCAACCGCUCUCUAAUCGGCACCAAGCCCUGCACCUUCUGGGCCAAGGGCCAAUGUGCGAAGGGCGAUAAAUGUACCUUCCGACAUGACCCUAACGACCUGAAGUAAUCGACGCGAGGAACGUAUUAUCCUAGAUCUGUGAACUAAGAUCAUCUUUUUCUCUUUACACCUGUACAACAAUCAUCAUCCCACGGAGUUUUAU